GUGUGGUGGCAGUUCGUCUGUCAAAAUUACUAGAAAAAAUUCCCAAGGUGAAGUCGAGAAAUAAUCAUCCUAAUGUGUUCUACAGUUGUGAAAACGGACUAACAGCAAAUUAAAUGUCAGUGAUGAACGAGGUUAAAUUUUGAUACCGCCCAACGAUUGAUGUAUGAAGCCCGACAGUCGAUUUCACGGUACACAUUUAUAACUUUCAACAACAAUACUAUUAGUUAAAACGUCACUCGGCCGAAAAUAUUAUUUGUUAUUAUAAUUUACGCUGUGCAAAAGAUAUUAACGAUGCCACUGUUUGGAAAGUCGCAAAAGAGCCCCCAGGACGUGGUGAAGGCGCUCAAAGAGGCCGUCAAUUCGUUGGAGAAAGGCGACAAAAAAGCUGAGAAAGCUCAAGAGGAUGUCAGCAAAAAUUUGGUCCUGAUAAAGAACAUGCUGUAUGGGACGUCCGAUGCGGAACCGCAGGCCGACAUAAUCGUGGCGCAGCUGGCCCAGGAAUUGUACAACAACAAUCUGCUGCUGUUGCUGAUCCAAAAUCUAAACCGUAUCGACUUCGAGGGCAAAAAAGAUGUGGCUCAAGUGUUCAACAACAUACUAAGAAGGCAAAUAGGCACCAGGUCACCCACUGUUGAAUACAUCUGUACCAAACCUGAGAUUUUAUUUACCCUUAUGACUGGAUAUGAACAUCAAGAAAUUGCCUUAAACUGUGGAACAAUGUUAAGGGAGUGUGCAAGAUAUGAGGCUUUGGCCAAAAUAAUGUUGUAUUCAGAUGAUUUCUACAAUUUUUUCAAUUAUGUGGAGGUGUCCACUUUUGAUAUUGCCUCAGACGCUUUUUCUACAUUUAAGGAACUGUUGACAAGGCAUAAAUUGUUGUGUGCUGAUUUCCUAGAGGCAAAUUACGACAAAGUAUUCAGUCACUAUCAAAGACUGUUGAAUUCUGAAAAUUAUGUGACUCGCCGUCAAAGUCUGAAACUACUUGGAGAAUUACUCUUAGACAGGCAUAAUUUUACAGUAAUGACAAAAUAUAUAUCUAAUCCAGACAAUCUUAAACUUAUGAUGAAUAUGUUGAAAGAGAGAUCAAGAAAUAUUCAAUUCGAAGCUUUCCACGUAUUUAAGGUGUUUGUGGCAAAUCCAAACAAGCCGAAACCAAUCCUGGACAUCCUGCUGCGCAACCAGGAAAAACUGGUAGAAUUCCUGAUGAGGUUCCACACGGACCGAGCGGAGGACGAACAAUUCAACGACGAGAAGGCGUAUCUGAUUAGACAAAUAAGAGAGCUGAGGCCCGUCCAGGGACAUUAAUAAAAACGAUAAUAUGUUGCACAACCAUAUGUACUUGUCAAUAUCGUUUCGUGUUUGAUGACAAAAAUCAACUAAACCACAUUUAUUUAAUUUCAACUAAACCGAACAGAUCACUGUUUCAAAAACUGGCCGACCGAUGCCACCUCUGGGUGUUCGUGGCUUGUCAUAGGCGGACCUUUUUGUUCUUUGAAAUUGUAGUUGAAUAUGAACGAAGCAGGCUGUGAGGUUUUUUUAGACAAUGUUGUGGUGAUUUGCAGGCUGGAACUGUGCUAUAGAUUUUGUGAUUUGAAUUUUUGAACUGAAUUCGUUUUUUAAAUUGUUGUUGAUUGACAUUGAUUGAAUUUGUUUUGCAGCUUGCUUUGCUUGACAAAGGACGCUUAUUUUAAUAAUCAAAAAAAUUGUUAUGUGCACUUUUUUUCAUUUCACAUCCAAAUAGUUUAGCUGAUUUUUGUUUUAAUUUUGACAUUACGUAAUUAUUUGCAUAAAAACAUUUUUCAAAGGACGAUUAUGUAAUGUUUUUAUUAUUUUGUAGACAUUAAAUUAUUACUAUAUUUAUAUAAGAGAUAAUAAACAAGUUUUUAAUUUUCA